AUGAUAACACAAUUAAAACAUGAAAAUCAAUUAUACGUACAUUUAAAAUCAUUACAAGUGGAAAACCAAAAAAGUUCGACGAAUACACAUGAUGAAAAACAGAUGGCAUUAUAUGCAUUACGUCAAUUGCAUUUAAACAAUGUUUUACAUAAUGAUUUACGAUGCGAAAAUUUUCUUAUCAAUUAUGAUAAUAAUAAUGAUAAACAUAAUCGUAUUAUGCUAUGUGAUUUUGAAAAUGCGGUGAUUCUUAAUGAAAAAGAUAUGACAAAAAAAGAACUUAUUGCGAAAAGAAGAAAACAAAUUAAAAAAAUUAUUAAACUAUACAAAAUGAAAAUAUGA